UUGCCACUACCAGCAGUUUAAAGGAGACAACAGCGAUAGCUACCACAGGGGUGGUGGGGAAGGAGGAAGACGGUGUUGCCGCCGCCGCUUCACGGUGGGGGUCGCCUUUCUGUAUUGUCAGGCGAGGAGAAGGCGGCGGCAGCAGCAGCAGCAGCUGCCGGCAUAGCCUUUGCAGGAGGAUGGUUGUGGGGGCGUGUGACAGCCGGCGGCAGCAAAGUCCCCAGGAAGCGCCGCUGGCGACACUCCCGGAGCAGGAGUCGCGUUGAGGGGCAGCGUUGCCGGCGAGGCAGGGUAGCCAGCCAGCCUGCCAGCGCAACUACCGGGCGGCGGGGAAUUGCAGCUGCGCCGGGGAGCGAGAAAGAGAGAAAGAGAGGGGAAAAAAACUGUGGUGGACACCCGGCGAGAUGAUGGACAGCCGCUUCUACUCCCUUUAAGUGAAAAGGGGUGGGAAGUUGAGGCGGCCGUCGCUGUCACUUCUAGGCUCGCAGCCGCACGAGGAAGAGGAGGAGGGGGGGGGCAGAGGCAGGCUCGGGCUCCCCUCGCCGCGCAGCGGUAGUAGCAAAGAGCGGGAGGGGUGGGCGAGGAGAGUCGGUGCAAAAAGAGGGCCGGGGCUUAGGGGUUUGUGCGGGAAAGGAGGCGCAGGCGAGACAGGCAGAGGGGCAGCCUGCGAAAGACGGUCGAAGCGGCCUUCCCGGAAUCUAGAGGGCGCCCGGGGUGGAGGUGGGUGGGGGUCGGGGCAGAGCCGCCUGCCAGAGGCGAGCUGCUCGCCUGAGUGUGGCGUGGAAGCGCGCUGGCGUGGCGAGCCGCCGAAAGAAGCCGCCGCGCUACGUUAAUCUCGCUGCUAGAUUUAUUUACUUCGUGCGCUCCCCUCCUUCCUUUUCUCUUCCUGUUCGGCGCUUUCCUCUUCCUUGGUCAGGUCCACUCCCUCCCUCAGCUGAUAAGGGUGACUGCUCUGCCCCCUUCGUCCGCGUCUGCCGCCUUGAGCAACCUCUUUCCCCCUCGCGCCUUGUCUUCCCACCCUGUGCCCAGACCGAGGAGGGAGGAGGGGGGAAUGAUAAUGGUUGGGUGAAGAAGGCAAAGCAGGAGGAGAAAAAAGCCGAGACUUCGAGGCGUCCUUCCCUUUGCUUUCCCCUCCCUUUGCAGCGGGACCCUUCGCCCUGCCCGCCUGCUCCUUCCCUUUCUCCGCUCGUCUGGAUGAGGUGUGUGGCCGGGCGGGAGUAGGAGCCACGGCAAGAGGGGGGUGGAGAGGGGGAGGAGGAGGAGGGGGGGGAGGAAGAAGAAAAGGGUGCGCCGCCGGAGAGACCAUGAGGAAAUUUAACAUCAGAAAGGUGUUGGACGGCCUGGCGGGCUCGUCGUCCUCCUCUUCAGCUUCCUCCUCCUCGCAGCAGCAGCAGUCUGCAACCCGGGAGAACGACAUCCAGGAGACCCUCCAGUCCGAGCACUUCCAGCUCUGCAAGACUGUACGCCAUGGUUUCCCCUAUCAGCCUUCAGCCUUGGCUUUUGAUCCUGUUCAGAAGAUACUUGCCAUUGGAACACAAACUGGCGCUUUAAGGCUAUUUGGUCGACCUGGAGUUGAAUGCUACUGCCAACAUGAUAGUGGUGCUGCAGUAAUCCAGCUUCAGUUUUUGAUCAAUGAGGGUGCCCUUGUGAGUGCCUUGGCUGAUGAUACCUUACAUUUAUGGAACUUGCGUCAGAAAAGACCAGCUAUAUUGCAUUCCCUGAAAUUUAACAGAGAAAGGAUAACAUUUUGCCAUAUACCUUUCCAGAGUAAAUGGUUGUAUGUGGGUACCGAAAGAGGAAAUAUACACAUUGUCAAUGUGGAGUCUUUCACUCUCUCAGGCUAUGUCAUCAUGUGGAAUAAAGCCAUUGAACUGUCAUCCAAGUCUCAUCCAGGGCCUGUUGUCCAUAUUAGCGACAAUCCAAUGGAUGAAGGCAAGCUGUUGAUUGGUUUUGAAUCAGGAACAGUGGCAUUAUGGGAUCUCAAAUGCAAGAAGGCGGAAUACAGAUACACACAUGAUGAGGCAAUCCAUUCUGUAGCUUGGCAUCACGAAGGAAAGCAAUUUAUUUGUAGCCAUUCAGAUGGCACUUUGACUAUAUGGAAUGUAAGGAACCCUACUAAGCCAUUGCAGACAAUCACUCCCCAUGGGAAGCAGGUCAAAGAUGGAAAGAAGCCAGAUCCCUGUAAACCUAUUCUUAAAGUUGAAUACAAAACAACUAGAGUUGGAGAGCCCUUUAUCAUUUUGUCAGGUGGUUUAUCAUAUGACACUGUUGGAAGAAGACCCUGUUUAACUGUUAUGCAUGGAAAAAGCACUGCUGUUCUAGAAAUGGAUUACUCGAUUGUAGAUUUUCUAACUCUGUGUGAAACUCCAUACCCUAAUGAUUUCCAAGAGCCAUAUGCUGUGGUUGUUCUUCUAGAAAAAGAUUUAGUAGUUAUUGACCUUGCACAAAAUGGGUAUCCUAUAUUUGAGAAUCCAUAUCCCUUGAAUAUACAUGAAUCUCCAGUCACUUGUUGCGAAUAUUUUGCUGAUUGCCCUGUAGAUCUUAUUCCAGCACUUUAUUCAGUGGGUGCACGACAAAAGCGUCAAGGCUAUAGUAAAAAGGAAUGGCCUAUCAAUGGUGGAAAUUGGGGUUUGGUCACACAGAGUUAUCCAGAGAUUAUCAUUACUGGACAUGCAGAUGGAUCGGUCAAGUUUUGGGAUGCUUCUGCAAUAACUUUGCAAGUACUAUACAAAUUAAAAACAGCUAAAGUAUUUGAAAAAACUCGAAAUAAAGAAGAUAGGCCAAGCACUGACAUAGUAGAUGAAGAUCCAUAUGCCAUUCAGAUCAUCUCAUGGUGUCCAGAAAGCAGGAUGCUGUGCAUAGCAGGAGUUUCUGCACAUGUCAUUGUUUACAGAUUCAGCAAACAAGAAAUAACAACAGAAGUUAUUCCGAUGCUUGAAAUACGGCUAUUGUAUGAAAUAAAUUAUAUAGAAUCUCCUGAUCCUGAGCAAAUGCCACCAUUGCCUACUCCAGGCACAGGUUCCAAUCCUCAAUCCAUCAUCCCCCAGUCUCAUCCCUCCACUAGCAGUAGCUCAUCUGAUGGACUUCGUGAUAAUGUCCCAUGUUUAAAAGUUAAAAAUUCUCCCCUUAAACAGUCUCCGGGAUACCAAACCGAGCUAGUUAUCCAGUUAGUAUGGGUGAGUGGUGAACCUCCUCAGCAAAUAACAAGUCUUGCAAUCAACUCUGCCUAUGGAUUAGUAGUUUUUGGUAAUUGUAAUGGUAUUGCAAUGGUUGAUUACAUUCAAAAGACCAUGCUUUUAAACCUUGGCACUAUUGAAUUGUAUGGCUCUAAUGAUCCUUAUCGGAGGGAACCUCGAUCUCCACGUAAAAGUAGACAACCAUCUGGAGCAGGUCUUUGUGAUAUCAAUGAAAGUACUACAGUACAAGAGGAUCGUUGCAAGUCACCCACUUCAGGUUCUGGUUCCCCCAACAAUUCUGGUGAUGAACAAAAAAUGAAUAAUUUUAUAGAAAAGGUGAAAACCAAAAGCAGAAAGUUUUCCAAGAUGAUAGCCAGUGAUAUAGCAAAGAUGUCUAGAAAAUUAAGCUUACCAACUGAACUGAAACCUGAGUUAGAUGUUAGAGACAAUUCCUUCAGCCGAUCCAGAAGUUCUAGUGUAACCAGCAUUGAUAAGGAAUCCCGAGAAGCAAUUUCAGCUCUCCACUUUUGUGAGACCUUCACCCGAAAAGCCGAUACAUCACCUUCACCAUGCUUGUGGGUUGGGACUACUUUAGGCACCGUUUUAGUCAUUGCACUGAAUUUACCGCCAGGAGGAGAACAAAGACUGCUUCAACCAGUAAUUGUUUCCCCCAGUGGAACUAUUCUGAGGCUUAAAGGAGCAGUCUUAAGAAUGGCUUUUCUGGACACAACAGGAUCAUUAGUUCCACCUGCAUAUGAACCCUGGAGAGAACACAAUGUUCCUGAAGACAAGGAUGAAAAGGAUAAAUUGAAAAAACGUCGGCCUGUCUCAGUAUCUCCAUCCUCUUCUCAGGAAAUGAUUGAAAACCAAUAUGCAGUGAUAUGCUCUGAAAAGCAAGCAAAAGUUAUAUCACUGCCCUCACAGAACUGUACUCAUAAGCAAAAUAUAACAGAGACUUCAUUUGUCCUUCGCGGAGAUAUAGUGGCACUCAGUAACAGUAUCUGUCUUGCUUGUUUCUGUGCCAAUGGACAUAUAAUGACUUUUAGUUUGCCAAGUUUAAGGCCACUAUUGGACGUAUAUUACUUACCACUUACCAACAUGAGGAUAGCCAGAACAUUUUGCUUCACCAACAAUGGACAGGCAUUGUAUCUUGUCUCACCAACAGAAAUCCAGAGAAUUACUUACAGCCAAGAAACAUGUGAAAACCUGCAGGAAAUGUUGGGUGAGCUCUUCACACCUGUAGAAACACCAGAUGCACCAAACAGAGGGUUCUUCAAAGGUCUCUUUGGAGGUGGUGCGCAAUCACUUGACAGGGAAGAACUCUUUGGUGAAUCUGCUUCUGGAAAGGCAUCAAGAAGCCUUGCCCAGCACAUACCAGGACCUGGCGGUAUUGAAGGAGUCAAGGGAGCAGCAUCAGGAAUAGUUUGUGAGUUGGCACGAGCCAGAAUAGCACUGGAUGAAAGAGGGCAAAAAUUGGGAGAGCUGGAAGAACGAACAACAGCCAUGUUAGCUAGUGCUGAUUCUUUCUCAAAGCAUGCACAUGAGAUGAUGUUGAAAUGCAAGGAUAAAAAAUGGUACCAGUUCUGACAACACAUUCUCAAAUGCAUCUCUAUAACUUUACCUUGAAGAAAAAUCUUUUCAUUAACUUCUGCAGGACCAGCAAAGCUGGAAGGGUGUCAGCCAAUGGGUACAGAUGUUUCCUAGCACAAAUUAUGCACUGGUUUACCUCAGUCGUACAGCUUUAACUGAGGAUCAUUGUAUUUAAAACUGACACCCACAUCGUGAGGGUGUGUUUGCGCAUCUGCGCAUGUAUGUGUGUUAUCUGUGGGAUGACUGGGAGCUUGAGAACAGAAUUGAUGGCAAAGAGAACACAUGGACAAAAAUAGAAAAUUUGGAAUCAAAAGAGCAGGGGCAAUGCAGGAUCUAUCCUGUGUUAAUAUUUCAUAUGCCAAAAGUUUUGUGCUAUUGUUGUUGCUGCCAGUGUUUCAUCCUCCUCCAAGAGGCUGCAAUAAAUCAGGGGUCCAAGAGCUAGAAUAAAGUUCAUUUUAUGGGACUAUUAACUGAUCUACACCUUUCCUCCUUAAAAGCACAUUCAUAAAGCUGUCUGAAAAUGACUUAUUCUGCUACCAUUUCUCUGAUCUGAUAAACUGGAAAUACACAAGUUCCAUCUUGAAUCUACACAUAGUUCACAUGCAGUCACAUAGUCUCUUCUUGGACCCCUGAUCUAAUAGUAUUGUCUUUGCAUCUUUAUAUUGUUGCUGCAUUGGGACUUCAUAAUAAACCAUGGCAUGCUUUUGCUUCAGUUUUUGUUUAACUAUAGCUUUGUUCAUACUCAACAAGAUUACUUUUAAUGCCUGUGACUUACUGGUCUGAAAUAAGCCAUCUUCAUAACUCAGUUUGAAGCUAGCUUGUUUCAAUAAACUUUAGGUAAGAUUGACCACAUAUGACCAUAUAGCAUUAAACUGCUGUUAAUCAGAUGUGAAAGCUUCCAAUUUUGUAUGGCCAUAUCUGAGAAGCAAAAGAAAGAAACAUGUAAGCUCAAGGCUUGCUGUAGCUCAUUUCUCUCAUAAUAAUCCAUGUUUUUUGUGAUGUCCACAUGCAGCCAGCAUCAAGUAAAAAAUAAGAUGAUAAGUUACUUUGCAUCAUAAAAACACAAGUGAUUGACCUGCACAUCAUGCUAAAAGUUUUCAUUUGUGUUAUGGCUGUCUAAUGUGAAAAGUAAAAAUAUCUCUUGCAAUGAUACAUAUUUGUCAUCUUUCAACCAGUUAUAUAUAUAUUUUUUAUUUUCCUGCCAAUAUAGCUGGACCAUUUUAUAAUUUUUUACAUGGAUACAAAUUUAAUUCAUGCUGUACAACUUACUUUGUGUGUUUAACAGAAUGUAUUUGUGUAAGAAUUUAAAUAUCAGGUAAGUAGCUAGCUUACAUGCCCAAUCAGGUAAACUUGUCUUCAGUUCAGUGUUGAACUCUUAAGAUACAACUUUCACAAUUUAUCAAUUGCAUUGUACUAAAAUAUAUUCAGGAAAAAAAAACAGAAUUUAAUUUGAAAAUAGUUUCUAAGUCAAACCCAUCAGCAAAGAAGUUGGCUCCUUAAUUUGAGUGUGCUUACUUGGAAACAAGUCUUUUAAUUUGAAAGGAAUUUUCUUCCAUGUAAGUGCCCUUUGAUUCACUGCAUAGAUUACACAAUAAAGGUAAAAUCAGAGUGGAUUGUUUUCAAAGCACUCAAUAUUUUACCACUUUAGGAACUGGUAGAUUCUUAUGUAGAUUUGUACGAGAGGAGGGAUUUAAGAUGUGCCAAAUUGAAGCAGUAUAUUUUUAGCUAAUAAAGGCUACACCAAAGCCAUAUUAUAAAAUAAUUUAUUUUAAAAUAUUUAGAAAAAUACAUAAGAAAUGUUUGUCAUGUUGGAAAUCAGAAAUAGUGACUAAUUUAUGAUCAUUUGCAAACAGCCUUAAUUAGUGUAGGCUUUAUUUAAGCAAGUGCCAGUAUAUGGCCAUUCGGAGGCUUGAGUUUUAUUUUUCUAAACACUUGCCCAAACUCUGCAAAUGUUGAAUGAAUUAUUUGAUAUGCAUGUCUGAAGUUUAAGCCAAAAGAAAAUUUCCUGGUGUUGGUUAAGCAAUGGUUUGGCUCAAAAUAUUAUUUGGAUAUGCAUUUAUCUGUAAUAUGGUUCAGUCCACGUUAAAAGUUACUGACUGGCAUUGUUUAAUGAAGUCUUUCAAAUAAAUUAGACCUACUUCUGAAAAAAUAUGAUUUAAGAAACCUUUCAUUUAAUAAAGCUAAGCCCUUUCAGUCUGGUUACAACACUGGGUGGAUAGAUGUGCAAACUUCAGGAAAGCUGAAAUCUGUUUCUCUCUUGGGGUUGCUAAUAUAUUUUGCUAGUAUAUUUAAAGCAUUAGAUUAUUACCUCUCUUCAGUGCAGCUUUGGGUAAGGAUACUAUGAAAUUCACUUAAUGUAUCAGAGAAGAAAAUUUCAAUAUUCCUGCAACUAUCGAACAUUUGAUUCAGCAAAUGGUUCUUGCCACCAAAUUUUGAGCCAGAUAUAAAAUUACUUGCUUACUUAUUUUGCUUGUAUGACAUUUAAUUAUAGUACAAUUGUGGGGUGUUUAAGGGAUGUAAAAUAAAUUACUUGAGUUUAUAAGAAUAUGUUGAAUAAGAUCCAUAAGCCAAAUUUUUAAAAGAUAUGUGACAUAGGCAUAAAAAUGUUAACAACUUAUUUAUUAUUGUAACCUCCCUAUGCAUUAGUAAUUUCACUUGUCAGUUGCUAAUUUUUGUUGUUGUACAAAUAGUAUGAUCUAGCUUAAAAUUGUUAAGUUUGGUUGAUUUCUGAUGGAAACAUUUAAGCACGUGCUAAAAAAAUGUCCUAUUGAUUUCUUGGCUCUUACCUUGGCUUGAUUGUAUCUUGCAGUCUGAAGCAUAAACCUUAGUACACUUAACUGAAACAUGAUUUCCUUUAAGGAAAAAUGUUUUACAGCUACAAAUAAACAGAAUAGUAAUUCUUCCAGUUGUAAAAGUGGAUGGAAAAGAGAAUGCUAUAAUGAAUCAAGAAUUAAUGAUGUCAGCUUUCUUACCUGCUGGAAGUGCUCCCACUCAUUCUGAAUUCUGAGGUGAUCUCCAUUAUGCAUUUGUGAACAAGUAUUCGAUAGAUGACAAGCUUCAUGAAGGAGAUGCCAACAAACAUUUUCUAAAAUGUGCAUUUUAUACCAUGAAUGAAAUAAUUUAACUAGAAAAUAUUUGCAGAAAAUAGACUUUGGCAAAUAUGCCAUUUUACUGGUUAUGUUCAUUUAACACUAUUUGUCAAUUCUCCUUGAAGUAACAUACAGUUGUAGGACAGUUUGCUUCAUACAUAAUUUAUUUGUUGUUGUAUUAGGGACAUUACCAUUAGGUUCUUCAGUUGUAUUUCAUCUGGACAAGUAGUCAGAAUAAGGCUGCAUACAUUUUCAAAAUUUGGAAUGCAUAUUAGAAAUGUUUGGUGGUUCUGUCAUAUUGUGGUAGACAUCCUGAUGCUGUCUUUAUUGCAUGGCCAGUAAUCAUAAAUUAUGAGCUUUAUAUUCAAACUAUAUAUGGAGCACCAAGUUGUAUACUCCUAGUAUGCACAUUCAUUUUUUGAGGCCUUCCACAACUCUUAUCAAAUUAAUUUGGGAUAGUUUUCAUAGUGCUGUGCUGAGCCAUCUCUUAUUUUGAAUGUUGAUGUGAAGGAGGAAGAACACUUUUAGACUUGAUGAAAUUUCUUGAAAGGUUAGUUGUAGUUUAUUAGUGGCAAAUCCCUAUUCACCAAUCCGUUCGUGCAUUAUUUAAUAAACAAAACAAAAAGUGUUUUCUUUCUAGAAAGAGUUGGUUGCUUAUGUAGACAUUCAAACAUGACAAGUAAUCAUUGCAUUAAAGCAUUACUAUAAAACUUGUUUUCCUAUGGUUACAUAAUCUGUUUCUAAUGAUUAUUUUUAAUGGUGUUGGAAGUAGUUAAUAGUGUCUGCAAACUUAUUUAAAAGAUACUGUGGGCAGAAUUAAAAAAUGGUGGGGAAUGUAUAAGAAGUUAAUAUAUAGAUGAGAUAAAUUGCAAGGACACACGAACACCUUGAUAAUAUUUGAGACACUAAUUAAAAAUUAGCAAAAUGGGAAAGCAUGUUUUCAUUCACAAAAUAUGUCCAUAUUUGCCCAGCACAUUUUGUUUGGAAAAGCCAAAACAAAAUACAAACAAAAUCCUUCCUCAUUAUGGUUGUUGAUUUUGAACUGUUGUAACUGCAUUGACUAGUGAGAGAAACAUAUUUCACAUAAAUACGUAUAUCCUUUCAAAAUCAGUAGAAAGAAUGUAGUAUUUCUUAUGAGGAAAAUGUGUAGCUCAGAAAUUUUUAGAAAUAGAUAUAGUGGUUAAAAUAAAGAAUUAAAAGUGUGUUAUCAUUGUUUCUUUACUUACCACAACUGUGCAAUUAUUAAACCACUGAUACUGUGUCAGAGGCUCAUUCCACAAUAGCCAGGACAGUUUGAUAGCAUUGUUGUAGAAAAAGAAGCAACUAUAUGUAGUCCAGGAAAACUGCUGCUACCCGUCUUUCAUGUAAUAUUAACAAGUUUAAUUUUUAAUAAACUGAAGACACAAUUCUUCAGUUAAAAACUGCCAAACUGUAAUUCCUGAAUGUUUAUGUAAAUAUUAUUUCAAGCAAGCCUGAAAGUGUGAUUCCAUUAUAACAGUUAAGAGUAAAGCAACUUUCCUGAUUUGUAUCAAUAGCCUUGAGAUGAUUUAAUUUACAUUUGUUGCUUGAGGUAUUUCCUUCAUGUGACAUCUGUAUAUUAGAAAGCUAUAGCCAAAGGUAAUCUUGAUGCAGUGGAUUUUUUUUUCUUUUUUUUUGCUUUCUAUAGCACUGAUCUUAUCCGAACUAUAAACUUGAAUUUCUUUUUCCUGCACUUUAAGUAUUGCAAGCUUGAGUAUUUCAUCCUUUUCCAUCUAUAAAUUUUAAAUUCUAUGUAGAUAUCAUUUAGAAAAUUAAUUUCAGCAAACAUCCAAUCCAUAUACAGAAUUCUACAUUUUCUCAUGUAUCAAGUUCCUUGUGGACAGGAGCUUCCAAGCUGGUAAAGGAAGGAGGCCUUCAGGACUAAAGACUGCACAUAUGGACUUGUUUCCUUCACUGUAUUAGUAGACAAGUAGAAAGUGCAGGAGGUACUGUACAUUGAAACUCCAAAGGAUCAGGAAAAAUUAACUGUAAAAUAAUAUUUUUAAAAGUUUUAAAACAUCAGCAACAACUGAAACUCUUUCAGAUUUGUUUAAUGGUCACCUAAAGCUGCAGUGUUGUCCAAAAUAAGAUGUGCUUUUGGUUCUAUAUUUAAAAAAAAAAAAGUGAAUUAAGCACAGGCUAAAUUGAAGUUGUGAUAAUUUUUUUAAUAUAAUGUCAUAAGAUAUAGUUGGCUAUCAAAUCUGAAGAUAUUUCUCUUAAUUAAAAUUAUGUUCAAUUUGUCAAAUAUAUAUAAGAAGCAUACAAAAGUUAAUUCAGCUUAUAGGAAAAUUGUCAUUUCAUGUAGAAAUGAUGAUAAGCAUACCCAGUCUAAUAAAAUACUUCUGGCCUAAAGCAACAUAACAAUGGGAAGGGAGACAUUUACAUAAUCCAGAUGUAACAUACUGAAAAGCAGCUUGUUGAUGGAUAUCCAUUAUAACUCUAGUUUUCCAUGAGUGUAUUAAAACUGAAUUCCAUUUAUUCUAUUUUAUUUCGGUCAGCUACAGUAUUUUGUAUUCUGAAAUACUGUUUUCUCCAUAUUUUGUAUUUGUUGGUCUUUGUCUUUAAAAUUGUUUUUUUAAUGCAUAUUCCUAUGGUUGGUGAAUAAUCCCAUUUUGUUAGUGCCCUGAUGCAUAGAGAUGGAAAUAUGAGUCCACUAGUUGUGGUAUGCCUAGUGACUGAAAAGUACUCAUUGCUUGCCUUUGUUUAUUGUGCAAAUUCUCGGCUGCGCUUGUUCCCAUAGUCUAGAUACUUGUCUGUACAAUGUUGUGAAUUUCUUUCCCCUUGUGAAUGUUAGUGAUGUUACUACCAAAAAUAAAGAUCCUGUUAAAUGAAUUUUGUGGUUGGGGGUGGUGGAUGAUAAAAAGCUAAUGUCCAGUCCAUGUGAACUACCUGCAUUUAAAAACUGCUUAAUGUACAUUGAGAAUCAAAUCAGGAAUGCAUGAAUAUGUUUCUUAUGUAAAUCAUGUUCGUUUGAAGUCCAAAUCAGUGUGCUUUUUAAUUUUCAAACUAAUUUGGUUAUAGGAAUCAAAAUGCAACUAAAUCUGUAUUAGCAUUUUUCAUAAAUACAUUUAGAAAUUAGUAUUUCUAAAUGUCAAGCAACUGUAUGUUUCUUCUUGACCUUUACAUUUUUACAGAUUAGUAAGUCUGAUUUUUGGAUAAAAUCAUGGCAUCAUCCAUGGAGUUAUUAUUUAAUAUUGCAAAGUGGAGAAAUGGAGUGUUAA